CAACGAUGGCUGAUGUGGACGCUGAGGACAAGCCUCAGAGGCCCUCGGCUUCUGCUGACAAGGAGAGGAGUGAGCUCCCGAGAGAGGCAACACUCCUAGCCCCCAUGCUGCCCCCGACGUCCCCUCUGUGCCACGUGUGUCUGUGUGUGUGUUUGUCAGAGGAGAAGUCGUCAAGCAAGAAGGUCGCAACGUCUGCCACCGAUUUGAAGAAGAUCAUUGGGGGGCGGAACCUCAAGUUUGAGGACUUCGACCUCAGGGCCACAGUCGGUAGGUGUCCACACGCACACACUCACACACACGCAUUGCGUCCAUCCAUCUAUAAUCCAUCCAUUCAUGAGACUCCCUCCGUGUGUGUCUGUCUGUGUGUAUUGGAUCGGCUGUCUGUUGUGUGCUGUGUGUGAUCCAUAUGUUUGGUUGAUGUUUGUUGUCCAUCCAAAGGUACUGGUACGUUUGGUCGUGUCCGCGUGGUGAAGUUCAAGGGCAACCCUGACCGCACGCCGAUGGCGCUCAAGAUCCUCAAGAAGAGCGAGGUCAUCCGACUCAAGCAGGUGGAGCACGUCAAGGCCGAGAAACAGAUCCUCACCAUGAUCGAACACCCAUUCAUCGUGAACCUGUGAGUGAGCGAUGGCAGCCAGCCGCUGUGAAUGCAUACCGACCGGCACACAACUCAGGCCAGGCCAGCGACUGUUUGUUGGUUUGUUGUGUGUCUAUCAGUCUGUCGACAUUUCAAGACGAUAAGCGUCUGUUUAUGUUGAUGGAGUAUAUCAACGGAGGAGAGCUCUUCAGCUAUCUGCGGUCAGUCAGUCAGUCAGUCAGUCAGUUAGUCCCGUCAGAGCUCAUCACGUCGUCUUCUGGUGGAUGGAUGGUUGUUUCGGCUUGUUCGUUGGUUGCAGCAAAGAGGGCCGGCUGCCCAACGACCACGCCAAGUUCUAUGGCGCAGAGAUCAUCCUCGCCUUCCAAUACCUGCACAGUCAGUACACACACACACAGACACAGACACACUCUCUCACACACAGACGGCCAGCCAGCCACCAUAGUUCCCUCCCUCCCUCCCUGUGUGUCCGUCCCACCCAUCCAUGUGCCGUCCGUGUCUAUCCUAUUUGUUUAGGUAUGAACAUCGUGUACAGGGACUUGAAGCCGGAGAAUCUGUUGAUUGACAGCGGCGGGCACAUCAAGAUCACCGACUUCGGGUUCGCCAAGGUGGUCGAGGACCGCACGUGGACACUCUGCGGCACCCCCGAGUACCUCGCGCCAGAGAUCAUCCAGUCAAAGGGGCACGGCAAGAGCGUCGACUGGUGGGCACUCGGAAUCCUCCUCUUCGAAAUGCUCGCGGGGUGAGAGGAGAGGGGGAGGGAGGCGGGGAGGGGGAGGGGCCAUGGAGAAGGAGGAGGGCAUGUUUGUGUUGUGUGGGGUUGUGUGUGUGUGUGUCUCAGGUAUCCUCCGUUCUACGACGAGAACCCCUUUGGUAUCUACCAGAAGGUGCUGGCCGGGAGAAUCGAGUUCCCCAGACACUUCGAUGUCAAGGCAAAGGUCACACACAUCACACACACAUCACACACACCCCCCAACACUGUCCUGUCUAUCUGUCUGUCUGUAUGUAUUUCCUCCCAUGUGUGCGACCGUCACUGUCUGUCUGCCCAUGCAGGAUUUGAUCAAGCGUCUGCUGACUCACGACCGCACCAAGCGGUACGGCUGCCUCAAAAACGGCGCCGAAGACAUCAAACGACACAAAUGGUACGCAUUAGCUACGGUCGCACACACACACACACACACACACACACAUCCACAUGCGCACCGGACGGCAUUCUCUGGGUGUGCGUCUGCGUGUACCUGCAGGUACAAGGGGACCGAUUGGGACGUGGUGUUUGCGCGUGGUCUCCCCCCUCCCUUCACCCCGACCAUCAAGGCACCCGACGACACCAGCCUCUUCGACAAAUACCCAGAAUCAACCGAAGGUACGCAUGACAACCAAGUCUCGUCUCGCCGGAAGUGUGGAUGACCGCUUGGUUGGUCGUUUGUCUGUCGCUCCUCCCAUGUGCACUGACUGCAGCGUCUGCGCCAUCGAUAUCGCCAAAGGACCAGUCGGCCUUCUUCGACGAUUUCUGAGACACACACAGAUUCAUACGAACCAGUGAUCAGUGGACAGGUCGGUCAGCACAGAUGAGACAGACACGACUGACUGGAUGGCUUCUUCGCUCAUAUGGUGCGCGCUCUGUUGUGCUGUUGUGCUGUGCUGUGCUGUGCUGUGUGGUCGGUCCAUCCCGCCGUAUGUCGAUUGACCAGGUGCUGUGUGCUCAAUGAAAUGAAUGGUGGGCUCUUGUGGUCUGUCUGGCCGACUGUCUGUCUGUCUGCUGUCUGGCCGGCGGGAGUUUUGCUUUCAUGCUCUCGCUGUGCGUGAUUGCUAGUUUCUGUCUGGUGGGAAUACCUAUCCAUCUCUCUCUAUGAGUCAGUCAGUCAGCGUGUGAGUGAAUCGCUCCCAUCCGUUGGGUAUGACUGGAUGGACUGACUGACCGGUCUCUCUGUCUGCCUGCUUGCCUGUCCGUCCGUCUGUCUGCCAGGGGACAAAUGUUCAUUGUGUGUGUGUGUGUGUGUGUGUACCUCACUCACUGAUGGAUGACGACCAAGACCGGUGAAUGGGUGGUGGUUGGUGUGGUUGGUGUCUCUCUCUCUACUCUACGCUGAAUAAAUGCUCUUACUACUACUCUCUCGCUGUGGACGGCUGGGGUGGGUGAGCCGCAGCUCAUCUGUCUGACUUGCAGCCAGGAAUGGCGAUGGAUAACCUGGCUGGCUGACAUGACACCUCAUUGAUGGCUGUGUUGAGCUUUCCUCUCUGUGUGGAUGCGAUGCGUGUGUGGAAUAGGUAGCAUGUGAGUGUGUUGGUUGGCCGCACAGGUGCGCACAGGUCAGGUUGUGUAGAUCAGACAGACAGACUGGCAGCUUGCUGGCAGACAGACAGACAGACAGACACACAGACAAUGGUACUACUCGACUCGACUGGUCCUGCCUGACUUGUUUGGUUAGGUUAGAUUUGGUUUGGUUUGGUAAGUGUACAGCAGCUGCUGCUUUGUUUGUUUGUUUGUUUGUUUGUUGAUGCAUCCGGCCGGCCAUAUGGUAACUGACUGACCGACAGGUAGGGGUGUGUGUGUGUGUGUGUGUGCAGCGAAAGAACCAACCUUCCAUCACUAUCCAUCCAUCCAGCUAUACAAGCC